GCAGGGCGCAUUUGUGUAUGACAUCAGAAUAUGUCCGCGCUCUACGUAUACCACCCACAGGCUGCCAAAGGCGUCAUCCAGCCUUCUGAACAGCUUUUCUCGAACGCGGUGUCCGAUAAUCACGUCCGUCUCCCUCGCCCACGCGCUGCUGAAGCACACGAGCAUCCCGAAGCCUGACGCACUGCGAGGGGCUUCUGUCGCAGCAAUGACGACCAACCGCCUGCUGAAGGCAAACGGCAUCCCGCUCGGACGCGUCUCCGAAUGGCACCCCCGAGCUUCUCGCACGCAAGGUACCCCACCAUCCGAAGCGGUAGGUGCUCUCACUACUCUUCAAGCCGUGGGGCCUCGAUGGAACGGCAUCAAGCCGUACGAGGCGCUCGAGGAGGCGCCAUUGCGUCCCGAGAUCGCCGACGCCCACCGCAGCCCCAACAGCUACAGCCCGCGGAGCGCCCCCGCAUUCGUCGCCGCCGACGAUCCGUUUGUGUGCCUCAACGUCGCACUUUAUACUCCGUACGCUACCACCAUGGUGCGCCCUGAUACCUACCACGGCCUCGACGGCCUUCACGAAUCACUCAAUUAA